UAGAAGUAGUGAUUGAUAGCUAUAGAUCUCCAUCACUUGAUCUUUAUAUCUUCUGGACUUCUUUCAUGUUGUAAUAGCACACUGCUAGUAACUAUCAGAGUCGGUGAGGAUGAAGCAAAUGGAAGUGGAAACUGUAGCUGGUAAUGCAAAAUUCAAACAGGCCUCUCCUCCACCACCGCCGCCGCUGCCUCCACCACUGCCAAAAUUCUGGGCGGCAACAAAACCAGUGGUUAAGACAGAAACAGUGAGCGUGACAAAUCAAGAGAUUGCUAAGUUCUGGAGGCUAAAGCGCAUGGAGGAGGAAGAUCAUCUCCUUGGUGCUAUCAAGGCUGCAGCUCGUAUCAGGGCACGCAAACUUACGGAGGAUGAGUACAAGCGCUUCGAAGAGUCGUUGAAAGAGGAUAACGACAAUAAGGCUGAUGAUAACACCAUCAGCGACUCCAGCAGAAAUGAUGAGAAUGGCAAAGAGUUACGUGUGGGAAUAAAGGACUGGUGGACAAAGAGCAAAUAUGCAUAUUUGAACCAACCAGCCUUUGAUUCUGUGGAUACAACCAAAGGCCGAACCUUCUCAGCUUACAUUCCCAAUUUUUGUAACUUCAAGCUUGCUCCUCCACCAACUGCCUCAUUCGGCAUUUUUUAGGGUUUUUCUUUGCACCGCUUCUUCAACCCAGUUGAUUUAUGCUAUAGCCGAUUUAUUUAUGUUCAAUGAAUGAUUUGUAUGCAUGUUUUAGUGAGAUCAUUGCUCCAAACAUGUUUCUGUAGAAGUUAUUUGUAUGGUUUUAAUUUUGGGUGUGAGAUGUCUUGUAUUUAUUGUAAGGGCCUUUUGAGGAAGGUGGAGGACUGAGAUCUUUGCUAAAUUACAUUUAUCUUGUGUUAUUAUGAUUAAAA